UGGCAGCUCCCAGAGCGCAGAGGAGCGGCGCCCAGGGCGCGGUGAGUGCGGUGGUGGCCCUGGGCUGCUGGCUGGGAACCUGGUUCACGCCGAACAUCCCGGGAGGGUUCGGGGAGUGCGCGGGGAAUCAUCAUCCAGGGACCUGCCAGAGACCACAAGAAAACAUGGGGAGGAUUUUCCUCACAGGAGAAAAAGCCAAUUCAGUAUUGAAACGCUAUCCAAGAGCGAAUGGACUUUUUGAAGAGAUAAGACAGGGCAACAUUGAUCGUGAAUGCAAAGAAGAAAUCUGCACAUUUGAAGAAGCAAGAGAGGCUUUUGAAAAUACUGAGAAAACUAAGGAGUUUUGGAACACCUACACAAAAGCACAACAAGGAGAGAGUAACAGAGGAAGUGACUGGUUUCAGUUUUACCUUACCUUUCCAUUAAUCUUUGGUCUCUUCAUUAUCCUUCUUGUCAUUUUUCUAAUUUGGAGAUGCUUCCUCAGAAACAAAACUCGCAGACAGACAGUAACUGAAGGCCACAUUCCUUUCCCACAGCACCUUAAUAUUAUCACUCCGCCUCCCCCAGCAGAGGAAGUGUUUGAUAGCAGUGGAUUGUCACCAGGCUUUCUGGAAUAUGUAGUUGGGCGCUCCGAUUCUGUCUCCACUCGCCUAUCCAACUGUGAUCCCCCACCCACCUAUGAGGAAGCCACUGGCCAGGUGAACCUCCGGAGGAGUGAAACAGAACCUCAUUUAGACCCACCCCCAGAGUAUGAGGACAUCAUUAAUUCCAACUCAGCCAGUGCCAUUGCUAUGGUGCCUGUGGUCACCACCAUCAAAUGAAACUGCAACCUUCUUUUUACUAUAAUCAUUUUUAAAAUACUAAUGAAAGAACUUUCUAGCACUUUACCACUACAUAAAUGCGCAUUGACUUAUUUUAUUGGAUUCUGACAGCAUACCACUUCACAUUUUCUGAUUUGAUUUUCAUUAGUUUUGUUUCCUACUAUAAAAUCAUUAUCCAUGCUCAUUAUCUCUAAUGGAAAUAUGUGAAGAGGGAAAAAUCUUAGUAGAGGUCUUCACGUGAUGUGAUGAGACGUGUGUGUAUCAGCCCAGUAUACGUGCAAGUGUCUUAAAAAGCCAUUAACUUCUGUCUAAAUCACUUAUAAAGAAAAUAUCACUCUCCAAAAUUGGGGGUGGGGAGAGAGACCAACAAUUUGUGUAACAGCCACAUGCUGUUGAAUUUUGAAAAUAAGAUGAACUUAGCAUGUUUUCUAAUUCUUACUGGAUUUUGUUAACAUCCCUUUUUCUUCAACUACCUUAAAUAAAUGCAUGUAUUCCAUCUUGAUUUUAGGAACGUCUCAGAAACAGAGAUAGAAGGAAGGCAAAAAUUAUUUAUUUAUAGUGUAUAGCAAGAAUAUCAUUGGUCAUUAGUGACAUUUGGCUAAUUUUGGAGGAAGGAUUUUAUUGUUGACUGCCUUUCUCCACCCCCUCACCCCCAAAUUAAACAGUGUUUGCUUAGUGUCUUUGAAUGUCUGAUGCUAUUUGUAUUAACAUCUUGGUAGAGAGGAUUUCCUGGUAACAUAAUAGUUUCUAAAGUAGUUAUAUGUAUUAAUGACAGGGAAUAGAUACACAUUUCUCCUUUGCUCAUUUGUGAGAAAAUUAUUUUCUUUUUGCUGUUUUAUUGCCUUUUACUCUACUGUCUCCUCCCUCUCCUACCGCCACAGAAUCUAUAAGAACCUAAGAAUUUAGUUAAAAUUCUUGAAAUUAUUUUCUUAAGUUUUUGUAUAGACUGGAGUCUUUGCCUCAAGAUGGUUAGGAGGCGUUUUUCCAUUAAAUUAAGAACUGUGAUUUUAUAUUGCUCUUCAGUUGGUGGAGGAAAACUGCAAAGUCUAUGUUGUGCCAGGUGCACAAUAAAUCUGUUACAGUUUUACAUAGAUCUCAUUGUUGCUAUUUCAUUUUGUAUUUUCAUCAUUUUUUUUUAAGUGCAGGAUUUUUCUUUUCCCGUGGAGUAGAGGGAACAGGCUAUGAAUUAACUGCCAACAUAAACUGACUCAGAAGUUGAUGGAAAAUUUAUUAUAUUGGCCAGGGAAAUGGCUGUGCCACUCCCAAGCCUCCUUAAUGUUGGAGAAAAUGGUUCAUUGAGGCAGAAGGAACACAGGUUCUGGAAGCGUCAGCCAUAUCCUGCUGCCUCCAUCUCCAUCCCCACAGGCCCGUCCCCCAGUCCUGCCCUGGAACCCCAAAAAGGAGAAGUGCUGGCGGGAAACCCUGAACUAGGAGUCAGAUGACCUGAAUUCUCAUCCUGUUCUGUAAAAAAGGUACUUGCCAUGGUGCCCUGGGGAAGGCCCAUAUCUGCACCUCAGAUUCCUUAACUCGGAAACGGAUAAUGUCAUUUGGCCUGUCUCCAGGGGCUUUAAAAGGAUCUAAUGAGGUGGUGUGUAUGAAAGUAAUUUGUAAGAUGUGAAGAGCUGUCUACGUGUGAUGUCAUAGCAUUGCUCUUACUGUGCUUAAGGGAGAAUUUUCUCUGUUUCCCUAAAAUUUAUCAGAGCGUUCACAUAGUGAGAAAUAGAGUAGCCGCUCCAUUAAUGGCUAACAUGCUCCUGACCUGAGUGUCUGGGCUAUCUUAUACUCCUGUCACUCGGCGGCCUAUACAAGUGCUGUGCCAGUCCAACACACACAAACAGGACUGAGCAGAUGUUGGAAAGGGAACCAAGAUGUAUAUGUUAAUAGGUUUUGUAGCUUUCAUGAACUAAAAAUUAAUAAAUCUUGACUCUGGUCUCAGUAGAAAUGACUGUUAUUUUGAAUUUGUGAGCACAUGGUGACUUUUGGCUUCUUACAGCUAAAAGUGGGAGUGUUUGAUCCAGUGACUUCUGUGUGCAUGCAUGACUAUUUUGGUUUAUUUUUAAAGGAAAAUUAAGGUUCCUUUUGUGUAGAUUUUUUUUUUUUUUGGUCAUUAACAUUAGGCCUUAGAUUAAACCAGCAGUUUUUAAACUGUGGCUGGCCCAUAAACCCCUGGGAGUCCUUGAGAGCCUUUCAGGGCACCUGUGAGAUCAAAACUAUUUUCAUAAUAAUACAAAGGCGUUAGUUGUCUUUUCACUCCGUAUCUCAAAAAGUAGUUGAAAAUGUAAAAUGAUGCCAUUUCCCACAAAUCUUUUUUGUUUUAGGAAAUACAGCUAUUUUCUUAAACAUGUUAUUUAUGUUAGCAUGUAAUAAACUUUAAUUUUUGAAUACUUAAAAUUUUUUUCAGUUUUAUUUUCUAAUAUGGCAAAUAUUGAUGGAUAUAAACUAUAUAAACAAAAGCUCUUUAACAUCCAGGUCUCUAAUAAAUUUUAAGGAGUGUAAACGGGUCUGGAAAUCAAAAGUUUCACAGGAGAAAGGAGCAGGAUAUUCUAUUACUAUGUAUAUAUUCUUGCAACUUUAUUUUAUAUUUUAAAGUCCUGAUACUGGAUUUAAUGCUGCCUCUUAGCUGCAUUACAAUAUGAGAAUGGAUGUUGGUUCUUGAAGCAAAAGCCAAAUGCUUAAUCUCAUCAAUGGCUACAGCUUUUUCAUCUGUUGGUCAAAGAAAACACACCACUCUGUAGUGAUAACUGACACCAGCCAUAAAUCUCAUGGCAGCAUUCAUGAGAUAAUGACAGGAUAAACAACAAUACCACUUUCUUCAAGAAACAUCCUCUUAGGUUUGGUUUGUUUGAUUUUGACUUAGUUUUACAUUUUUCAAAACCCUUUUGCUGCCCCAUCUGGUUUUAUAAACUGAGUUUCUUAACAUUUGUUAUAAUUAAAGGGGCUUGUCCGGAAUAAUAUAUAUUUUUUAUGCUUUUGCCUUUCUUACAUGAUGGAUAUUACAUUCACCUUUGGUCAUUUUUAGUAAAGGUUUAUUUUUGCAGAUAUAUUUAGUACCUUUCUUAAGCAGUAACUAAAUUGAAUCAACCAGUUUGCAUUUAAAUGAGACACUGGGCUUAAUGGUCUUCCAGUGGAAUGAUUUCCAGGCCUCCACAUGCAGUGGCUGUGUCUGGAAUCCUAGAACUGGCACUUUGCCUUUCUGCUUGGAAUUAAUUAUAUUAUCUGUUUAAAGUGAAUUAAAGGAUUUCUUUUUUUUUUAUUGACCAGUACAAAUACAAACGCUGUGUUUGAUUCAUUGUUAAUGACUUCAAGAUUGAUGAUCUGAUACAAUAACUUGGUUCUGUGUAAAUAGCAUGUAUUUUAUUACAAUUCACAUUUUUAAACACUUGGUUUACAUUAAAUUAUGGUAUUUAACUAUUUUUAUGUUUAUACUAGGUAAGGUUUUUCUUAUGUUUCUGUGUUUUUGGUAUGCUAAAUAAAGCUAUUUUUAA